UUCAUGGUUUUGUUAAUUCGUCAAUGUAAUUUUCUUAAAAAGUUUUCCUCUCUCCUUAUGUUAAUUGUUUACGACUGAUUUUAUUUACCAUGAAUUUAAUUCAUAAUGUGAAGUGUUUUCCAAGAAAAAAAUUCUUUCAGACCCUCUCGGCGAUUGAAAAUGAAAAUAUAAUCCUCCGCAAACAUUCUGCAUUUUCUCCAUACAGGACGAAUAAUAAAUAUUGUUUCUCUUCACCAUUUACUAAAGUUUCAAUAACUUACUCUCAAAACUAUUAUUCCACUGGUUUGCAGUUCUGCAAAGUGCCUAGAACAAAUGUUUCAACAAGAACACGGCAAAGCACAAGAUCUUUUUUUGAAUCUUCCGGAGCAGAUAUCAACACCAAUGUCUCAAGAGAUGUCGUGAUAUUUGAAUAUAAUAACGAUAGACUUUUCGCGAUUAUUAAAGUUUUUGGAAUAAGUCAAAUUUUCGUAUGGGGGUAUCUUGCGAACACAGCUUACACCUGUCUAAAAGAUGCUCCUGUGGAAAAACCUCCUCACCGUGAAUUGCAGUGGUGGGAGAAAGUUAAUUUAGGUGAAAACUGGGUCCGGAAUGGUAUCACAACGUUAUGUGUCAUCAUGGGUUUUGGCCUUAGCCUCCUUGCACAUGCACUUAGCCUCCGAACAGUGAAGCAGAUUAUUCUGCACAGAGGUGGCAGAGAUAUCACCAUCCAUACUUACUCAUCUUUUGUAGGCAACAGAUUUAGAGUCCCUCUUCAUAUGGUGAGCUGUUCUGUUAGCCGUAAAGGUUCACCCCAUCACCUUCCUUUGAAAAUCAAAGGGAAAUGGUUUUAUUUCACAUUAGACUCAAGAGGAACGUACCCUCAUCCUACUCUCUUCGAAUGGACUGCUGGUUUGAAAAGAAGUCUAUAAGCGUUAGUAAUUUUUGUCCUCAAGACUCUUGGUGAGAUUGUUAGUUUACUUCCUCUUCAUGUUUUGUGUAUAAUAAAUCGUUUUAAACUUGUUUUUCAUACUUGCAUUUUAAUAAAACGUGGUCAAUCUCUGAAA